GCCAGCACUUCCGCUUUGCAGGUAAGCAGUGUGAGGCUCAGGAGGAUGGAGGGGUUUGAUGGGGGGAGCAGAGCUCUGCCAGCCCAAAGUCCCAGGUGGGCCCUUUGCUGGGAGCUGCAGAGCAGGGACCGUUUCCCUCCAUGUGUGUGCAGCCAGCAUGGUACAUGGCACACAUAGUUGGUGUUCAUGAGUGCCUGUUGAUUUACCAGGCCAGAAGGAGCCUCGGUGGCGCUGGCCCACCCAGGAAUCCUCUGUAAAAGCCCAGUGCCAAACAGCUCAGGCUGGACACUGAGAGUUCUCAUUUCCUCCUACAGCCUGGUCUGCAGGCCUUUCGCCACCCCCAGCCUCCUCUGGCCCUCGUCUUUCCUCAGCUGUGGCGUCCAGGCCGCAGCUGCAUCCCAGGUUCAUUUGCAGAUGAGGACUCGUUGGGGAAGACGAAUGCUUUGGAUCAGAGGGAGGGUGGUGUGUCCAGAAGACCAACCCCAAGUUCAGCAGCUAGGGAUACAGGAGAAGGCGCAUUACUGGGGCUUCGGGGGCUUUGUGGUCCCAGAAAAAGGCCCCCCAGUGUAACACCUGGCCUGCCACCGUUCCUCCCGCUGCCCUGUACUGAGCGCUGAUCCGGCCAGAGCCAGUGCCUGGCCCUCUGGAGGUCACAAAGCAUUCUGUCUAGAGUUUGCCCUUCCUCCCCAAUCCCAGCCCAACCCUCACCCACCUAUGGGAAGAGGAUCCCACAGACAUCCUUGGAAGCCGGGAGGGAGCUCAGAGUCUACGCAGAGGAUAAAAGCAAAGCUGGAGGCUGGCUCAAGGUCUCAGAAAGAUCUCUCUGGAGGGAGGUCACCGUGGCCGAAGGCUGGCAGCAACGCUGUCCCAAGGAGUCACUACCAGGCAAACCCUGUGCCACCCUCUCUCAAGAGGCAUAAACAGCCCGAGCCCCAGGGUGAAUGGGGCAAGUUGGCUUCUGGGAGGCAGGAGACAGCUCAUCCCAGAACAAUGGCACCGGUGACACAGGUCAGCUUUGUCCUUGUCCUCAUCCUACUCUCUCUGCCACCCAUCAGUCUGGGAACGCUGAAGAGGCGGGUGCUGGUGAAUGCUGCAAAGCUCAAGAGUCAAGGAAAGGACUGCUCCCAGAUCUGGACAGACAACCCAAAGUCCCCCAGUGGCGUGUAUGUCAUCAGGCCAGAGGGGGCCCUUGAUGCCUUCCGGGCUUACUGUGACAUGGGAGAAGAUGGCGGCUGGACAGUCUUCCAGAGGCGGACUGGGGGCAAUGGCAAACCCUUGGCGUUCGACCGGGUCUGGUGGGAGUACAAUCAUGGCUUUGGGGAUGUGGAAGGUGAACACUGGCUGGGCCUGUCAAAACUUUACUCCUUGACGCACCAGCCCGGCACCCGGGCCCAGCUGAAACUGGACUUACACAACUUUGAAAAUGAGAGCCGCCAUGCCCUGUAUGACUCCUUCCAGAUCAGUGAUGGCUCCAGUUUCUACAUGCUGAAACUGGGCAGGUACUCUGGAAAUGCAGGAGACUCCUUCGGUGGCGAAAAUUGGACAGGAGCAGCCUCCCAGGUAGGCAGUGCCUUCAGCACCCUGGACAGGGACCAUGACUCCUGUAACCCCUGCCUUAGCGGUGACAUAACCUUCAAUGAAUGCAGCCAAUGGAACGGGGGUGCAGGCUGGUGGUUCAGCAACUGUGGGGUGGCCAAUCUCCAUGGUGAUUGGCACCCUGAAGGGGACCACAAAAGCUGGAGUUCUGACAUCCACUGGGGAACCUGGAGCCCAACAGAAUCCCUUAAGGCCACUGAGAUGAAGGUGAAAACUGUGGUGAUAGCAGCAACCGAGGCUUAGAUGCCAAGGGCCCUUCCGGCUGCCCCAGGACCAGAUCAGAAGCGGCAUGCCCAGAGAGCCAAUGCAAAGGCGCCUGGAGGUGAUGGCUGUGAUCUAAAGGGAGUGAAAAAUUGGGGGGCAGGGCCUGAUGGGCACAAAAUGUCUGCUGAAGAGAUUGGGGAGAUGAUUGAUAAAAUGGAGAUUCCAUUCUUCUUAGCUUUGCCUCAGUCGAUGCCGACAGCCUGCCUUGAACCUACCCCUUCUCUGGCAAAAGACAGGGUAGGAGGGUGGAGACAAGACUUUGGGGGAGGCCCCUGCUCCAAGGGGAGACAAGUGACCUUGAGGGAAACAGAGUAAGCACUGCGAGAGUACUUGGUUUGAAGAGGAGGCCCUGGGUCCCCUGGUUUGAGGGGUUAGAUUUGACAUUCACAGACUCAUCUGGGGAGACUGGCCCUCAGGGAACUUGUAGUCUGUGGGGAAACUGAGGAGGAACAGCUGUUGUCUCUGGGUUCUUACAGGAUCUGAGACAGUCUCUCCUUUAUCAAAGAGACACAAGGAGCAUAAAGUGUCUCUGACAUAGACCUGAUAUUCAACACAGAUAUCAGACCAAAAACUAUUCCCCAAAGGAAAAUCUCUCUUAACAUGCAGAAGAAAGACUGUUCCAAAUCACGAAUAGGAGAAGUGCAUACCAAAGAAUAGAGAGAUUUCACCUCACACCCAGCAAAUCAACCACGGUGCCAAAAGAAAGGUCAGUGCAUCUUGUUGGAGUGGCCACAGGCUCUAACGCACAGCCUGUUGGUGGAGCUAUCCAACCAGUCAGGAAAGGAGUCUGGAAUUAAUACGAAGGUAGUUGGUUUUUAAUAGGUGCCUGCUAUGUGUCAGGCCCUGUGCGAAGUGUUGGAGAUACAAGUGCAAAAAAGGAAGACAGUGUCUGCCUUUAUAAUCUAAUGGGGGGAAGAUGGUACACAAAAGGAGGCUGGCAAUGGUUGGGGGGUGUAUAACGGAGAAAUCAAAGGCGCCAGGAGGGUGGGAGGCAGAGGUAGAUGGCCUGGGCCCCUCCUUAAAUGGAGGUUUUAUAGCUCUUGAUUCUGCCCUCCAAUCAGAGGGGCAGAAGGGAUCGAUGAAGUGAGUACCAAAGCAGAUCCAGAUCUCUCGGGAUGAGAUUUCCCAAUGAUGCCGUCUGUGAGGGCAUGAUGGAGAGUCCAAAGCAGUUCAGAGGAGCCCAGGUUGAUGGGAAAUGAAGAGAUGGUGGGAAAGUGAAUAAGAUGGCCCUACCCUUUGACCCGAGAUCCCCCUGCUGGUCACACAUGCCCUGAGGAGGCCAAGGCCGAAAAGCAAAGCCCCGUACACCAGGAUAUUGGUCUGACGCCCAUCAACUGAGAAAUGGCAAAUCAUGGUUCAGGAAUAUCAUGGCAUGUUAGUGUCCUGUCGAAAUUAUGAACAUGCAAAAUACAAAGAAGCAUGGGGAGACUUACAUGAACAGAUGCAGAGUGAAGUAAGCAGAACCAGGAGAAUGAUGGACACAACACCUUCAACAUAUAUGGAAAGAACACAAAACUGAGACAGUGAGUGUGUGUGUGUGUGUGUGACUAUAAUGAUCUCGUGGAGAUCACUAGGCUUUGGGGAAGACAGAUUUGUAUUAAGCUUGAGAAAACCACAGGAACAAAAGCCACACUGCAAUAGCACUUGAAGGUUCCUAAGGUGCCUCGUGUCCACACCUCCCCUAAGUCUCCACCGUCCCUUGGUGUCCCGAUUUCGUUGUUUGGGCGUGUCCUAUUCUUCAUGACCCUGUGCACUGAAGCACGCCAAUUCUGUCUGUGUGGUUUUCUUGGCAAAGAUACUAGAGUGGUUUGCCAUUUACUUUUCCAGUGGAUUAAGGCAAAUGAGUCA